UUCACCAUAGUAAGAUUCGUAAAUUAGUUCACUGGACUGCUGGAUCUUCUGCACCACAUCCAUCCGAUGUAACCCACAGCCAAGUUUGCCGGCUCCGCAUACAGCAUCGGAAUUACUGAAUCCUGCAUGCUCCUUUCCGUGGACCUGAUGCAAUGAGUGCUUUCACUCAUUUUUUUGAAUCCUUCGAAAAUGGCUUGGAAGAAUUAUUAUUUUGCCGUCUAAUUUAAAACGCAUAUUUUAAUAUUCGGUGCGGUUUUUUAUUAAUUCGUUUUUUUAACUGGUCACUGAAGCUGCACAUGACCAUGGAUCCUCCACCGACUUCAGAGAAAUCGCAUCUCAUCAACGAAAGAAAUGCCAAAAUAUACUCCUUAAAACUUAACAGUGAAUUCUCAGGUUCCAAAGAAAGUUGUCCAGACCUGCCUUUGGGAAAUGGUGAUAUGGCUGGUGCCAUUGAGCUGAAGAGGCCUGUUGGAACUCAUUGCCAUGGAAAAAAAGCAGCCCUCGACGAGAGCCAUGAGAAACUCAUAGCAAAGAAGAAACUGUACAUCGCCUCCAUAGUCUGUCUGGUUUUCAUGAUUGGAGAAGUUAUAGGUGGUUAUCUAGCACACAGUCUGGCCAUUAUGACUGAUGCAGCUCACCUUCUGACGGAUUUUGGCAGUAUGAUGGUCAGUCUUUUUUCCUUGUGGAUCUCUUCAAGACCACCCACUAAGAGAAUGAACUUUGGCUGGCACAGAUCAGAGAUUCUGGGAGCCCUGGUAUCUGUAAUGUCCAUCUGGAUCGUGACUGGGGUGUUGGUGUACCUUGCCAUUGAGAGGAUAGUAAAAAAUGAUUAUGAAAUUGAAGGCCGUGUGAUGCUCGUCACCUCAGGUUGUGCAGUCGUGGUCAAUAUCAUAAUGGCCUAUAUUCUACACCAUUCCACUACCUUCCACAGUCACGGUUCAGGCUACCACAAGAUUGAUGAGAAUGGGAUGAGCCCCGUGGGCCAUGGCCACUCCCACAGCCUCCUGAGUAAUCAUGGGAACACCAGUGUCAGAGCAGCAUUUAUUCAUGUUUUGGGGGAUCUCUUACAGAGCUUUGGAGUGAUGGUGGCUGCCAUUAUCAUCUACUUCAGGCCAGAAUACAAAAUAGCUGAUCCCAUUUGCACUUUCCUCUUCUCUGUGUUCGUCCUGGGCACCACCAUUACCAUUCUAAGAGAUGUCUUCCGCAUUCUCAUGGAGGGGACACCCAAAGGAAUAGAGUUUAAUUCAGUGAAGGAGGUGCUGCUGUCUCUGAAGGCAGUGAAGGCCAUGCAUAGCCUACACCUGUGGGCUCUCACCAUAGGCCAGAGUCUGCUGUCUGUUCACAUAGCUAUUGAGGAGAAUGCUGACCCUCAGAGCGUCUUAAAGGAAGCCACUGAACUCCUUCAGACCAAAUUUGGCUUUUACAGCACAACCAUUCAAGUGGAGCCUUAUUGCGAGGACAUGAUCCACUGCGCCCAGUGCCAGGACCCUAUGGACUAAGUUGUCCAAGUGCACCGGUGAGGGGAGGCUGCCUGA